AUGGAGCCCGGGGAGCCGGGGCCCCGCGGGGACACUGCGGCCGCCACAGCCCGGGCGCCCGCUCCCAGCACCAGCCAGAGCACCCCAAGUCCCGAGAGUGGGAGCCCUGACAGCGCAAGCCCUGAGCGCGGCCCGGAGCCGGGGGCCGCCCCGCCGGAGCUGAGGCUGCUGCUCCUGGGGAAACGCGGCGCGGGGAAAAGCGCCACGGGAAACAGCCUUCUGGGCAAGGCCGUGUUCAUGGCCAAGUUCAGCGCGCGGCAGGCGGUGACCCGGGCGUGCCAGCGCGAGAGCGGGGCCGCGGGAGGGAGGCGGCUGGCGGUCAUCGACACCCCGGCCCUGUUCUCCCCGCUGUGGGACCCCCAAGACCGGCGCGGCCACCUGGAGCGCUGCGUGGAACUCUGUGCGGGCAGCGUCCACGCGCUGCUGCUGGUCAUCCCCAUCGGCCACUUCACGGCCGAGGACGCGGAGACGGCGCAGGGCAUCUGGGAGGCGUUUGGGGCGGAGGUCAGGGAGCGCGCCCUGGUGGUCUUCACGCGCAAGGACGAGCUGGGGGAGGCCUCCCUGAAAGAGUACGCAGAGCUUGACGCCCCCGACGGUCUCAGAGAGCUGGUUAGAGGCUGCGGCCGCCGGUACUGUGCCUUCAACAACAAGGGCGGCGAGGAGGAGCGGGCCAGCCAGCUGCGGGAGCUCCUGAGCUUGGUGGACGACAGUGCGGACCCUUGUUGCCUGAAGGUCAGCACCGCCUGCAGUGGACCCCAGGAUCCUGUGGCUGAACCUGCACCCCAGAAAGGAGACAGUCCGCACGGGCUGCAGGCCGCGGGAGGCGAGCCGGGCGCCGAGCCGCCGGAGCUGAGGGUGCUGCUCGUGGGCAAGCGGGGCGCGGGGAAGAGCGCGGCGGGGAACCGCCUUCUGCGCAGGCACGCCUUCCCGGCCAGGCUGAGCUACGAGCCCGUGACCCGGAGCUGUGAGGCCGCGAGCAGGGUCUGGGGAGGCAGGAAACUCCUGAUCAUCGACACCCCAGACGUCUCCUCCUGCCCGGACAUCAAGUCGCAGCUGCUGGGGCUCGCCUCCGAGGGCCCCCACGCCGUCCUGCUGGUGACCCCGCUGGGCUCCUUCUCCCGGCGCGACGAGGCGGUGCUCGCGGCCCUCCAGCGCUGCUUUGGGGACGAGGUCACGGAGCACAUGACCGUCCUCUUCACCAGGGGAGAGGACCUCGGGCCGCAGGACGCAGCCACCGUCUUGGAGACCGCAGGCCGAGCGCUCCACGCGCUCCUCGACAAGUGUAGUGGCCGCUGGGUUGUCUCCGACUGCAGAGCCGCGGGCGCGGCCGAGGAGCGCCAGGUGGACGAGGUCCUGGGGCGCAUCCUGGACUCGGUGGCGCAGCACCAAGGCCGGCCUUGCACCUUCACGGGGGAAGCAACCCUGAGCCUCCUCCUGGUGGGGCGCAGCGGGACCGGCAAGAGCGCAACGGGAAACAGCAUCCUCGGGCGGCCCGACUUCCCCUCCCAGCUCCACGCGCAGCCCGUCACCACCACCUGCCGGCAGGGCACGCGGCUGUGGGAAGGGCAGAAGGUCGUGGUGGUGGACACCCCGGCCCUGGACCAGGUGCUGGGGGCUCAGGGGGAUCCCCGACAGCUGCAGGGGGAGGUCGAGCGCUGGUUCACCUGCUGCGAGGGCGGGAAGAAGAUUCUGGUGCUGGUGCUCCAGCUGGGACGGUUCACGCAGAGGGAUGAACAGGCCCUGCAGGGUCUGGAGGCCAUCUUCGGAGGGGAAGUGACACGUCACAUGAUCCUGCUGUUCACCCGGAAGGAGGACCUGGGGGACGGGACGAUCGAGGAGUACACCAGGAACACGGACAACGAAGCUCUCAGGAAGAUUGUGGACAAGUGUGGGGGGCGGGUGUGUGCUUUCAACAACAAGGACACUGGCCAAGCGGGGGACACCCAGGUGAGAGGCCUUUUGAACAUGGCCAACGCGCUGGUGAGGGACCACGGGGGGUACCCGCAUGAGUGGGAGAGCGUCAGCAGGAACAUUCAAAAGGCUCUGGAGAAGCCCAAGCUCCCAUCCUGGAAGACUUUCUGGAAACCUCAAGCCUCCAGAAUGCCUGGCGGUCACUUUAAAUCAGAGACAGUCUAGGGGACAGAGGAUGGGGAUUCGGUGAGGGCCCUUGACUCUUGGGGCUGGAGAAGCAAAUGUCUCUCACCUAUGAUGCUUCAGGCAAAACACGCCAGAUGGCAGGGGGUCAGAGAGGGAAGAAGGAAUAAAAUCAAGCCUCCGGAGAGGCUUCAGAGAUGAGGCUGGUGGUGGGUCAGCUCCAAGCCACCAGCUUGCAUCAGCUGUGUGGGUCGACUGGUGUCAGGACGGACAGGGCCCAGGCGGAGGUAGCUGAGGUCAGGGAACAGCCACACGAGAGCGGGGCCCCCAAUAUGGGUGGUUGUCACAGUGAGACAAUCUUACCGAAAUUUUUUAUAUUUCAGUUUUUAAAAAAGAUUUAUUUAUUGAUGUACACAAGAGCUGGGGUACAGGCCAGAGGUGUGGAGGGUGAGAGGACUCACCAGAGACAGAGUGGGGAACAGAACAGGCAGAUUGAAGCACGCUGCUGAGGGGAGCAGCGGGGAGACAGGAGAGGUCUGUUGCAUCAUGUGGGUUUCUCCCUGGCUGGGAAUCGAACUGGUGCUGCAGUGGCUGUGGACAGCUUCAUAGAUUGUGUCUUAACCCCUUGCGCCACCAGGGAGGCCCAAGUUCCAAAAUUCUAAUGUAAUUCUAGAUUUCCACCAGAUCAUUGAAAACACCUUUGUGCUUUUCUCUCUUUUAAAAUCCUGGAAGCUGGGCCUCCCCUGGUGGUGCAGGCGGUUGAGCUUUGAAGCUGUCCAUAGCCUCCGCAGCGCCAGUUUGAUGCCGGCCGGCUGGGUGAGGGUCCCACAUGGCGCAGCAGACCUGUCCUGUCUCGCCCGCUGCUCCCCUCAGCAGUGUAUUUCAGUCAGUCUGCCUGUUCUGCUCCCUGCUCUGUCUCUGGUGAAUCCUCUCACCCUCCCGUGCAUCUGGCCUGUACCCCAGUUCUUGUAUAAAUAAAUAAAUAAAUCUUAAAAAAAAAAGUCCCGGAAGCUGGGAAUUAGGGUGAAACUCAAAGAACAAUAAACUCCCCGCUCUGGGGAGUGAGGCGCCUCCCGUCUAACAGGCCGGGGGGCAUUGACACCCUGGCCUCACCCCCUCUGUCUGGCUCCGGGGGCUCCUCCACACACAGGGUCAAGGUGGGCCCCACCCACAGCUGAGCACAGGAUGCUGAGAGCUGCCGGGUGGGUGAUGAGGAGCUGGAACCUUCUCCAGGAGCCGUGGGGUGGAGGGCGGCAGCGUCAACACUUUGCACGUGAUGAGGGCGGGUCCCACGUGAGGUUUAUCUGUGAAAGCGGCAGGUAAACAGGUAAACCUUCCAGAUGAGCCCGUGUGGAAGACACAGCUGGUCACGUUGGUUCUCUUGUUCUCUACGCAACCCUCACUGCGACAGAUCCUGGCAAGUGUCAUGUUUUACCAUAAUGUUAAACAUAAUGUAGGUAAAAACAUUCAGGUGAAUGAAAUAAUAAAGACAAAUUCUCCGUGAGCGCC